CUCGCCCCAUCCCUCCGCCUCUGCCUCUCCCUCCUCUCCCUCCUCUCCCGGGAUGGGGCUGGGAGUUGUAGCCGCUGCAGCCAGGCUGCUCCGGUGCUCCCCGUGAAAGCUCGGGAUCCCCUCGCCCCAGCUUCACCAGCUCGCCCUCCGGCUUCUACCUCUCCCGCCCCUCCCCAAAAGCCAGACCCCAGCCGUCGAGAUGCUACGGCCAGCUCCGACUCGACUGGGACUUGUCCUGCUUUUGCUCUGUCCCGCCCACGUCGGCGGGCUGUGGUGGGCUGUGGGCAGCCCCCUGGUCAUGGACCCCACCAGCAUCUGCCGGAAGGCUCGACGGCUAGCGGGACGGCAGGCAGAGCUGUGUCAAGCUGAGCCCGAGCUGGUGGCGGAGCUGGCACGGGGUGCCCGGCUAGGUGUAAGGGAGUGCCAGUUCCAGUUCCGAUUCCGACGCUGGAACUGUUCCAGCCACAGCAAGGCCUUUGGGAGAAUCCUGCAGCAGGAUAUCCGGGAGACAGCCUUCGUCUUCGCCAUCACGGCAGCUGGGGCCAGCCAUGCAGUGACCCAGGCCUGCUCUAUGGGAGAGCUGCUGCAGUGUGGCUGCCAAGCUCCCCAUGGACGGGCCCCACCCCGGCCCCCUGGACUCCCCAACCUCACUGGGACUCCGGGGCCUCCAGGGCCUGGGAGCUCCUUGGACGGCAAUGCAGCCUGGGAGUGGGGGGGCUGUGGAGACGACGUGGACUUCGGAGAUGAGAAGUCCAGGCUCUUCAUGGAUGCUCGGCACAAGCGGGGACGGGGUGAUAUCCGGGCACUGGUGCAGCUACACAACAAUGAGGCUGGACGGCUGGCGGUGCGGAGUCACACGCGCACAGAAUGUAAGUGCCACGGCCUCUCGGGCUCCUGCGCCCUUCGCACCUGCUGGCAGAAGCUGCCCCCGUUCCGGGAGGUGGGAGCCCGGCUGCUGGAGCGCUUCCACGGCGCCUCCAGGGUCAUGGGGACCAAUGACGGCAAGGCCUUACUGCCGGCUGGCCACACCCUCAAGCCCCCCGACCGCGCCGACUUGCUCUACGCCGCAGAUUCGCCCGACUUCUGCUCGGCCAACCGGCGGACGGGCUCCCCGGGUACGCGGGGCCGCGCCUGCAACAGCAGCGCCCUGGACCUGAGCGGCUGCGACCUGCUGUGCUGCGGCCGGGGACACCGUCAGGAGAGCGUGCAGCUUGAGGAAAACUGUUUCUGCCGCUUCCACUGGUGCUGCGUGGUGCAAUGUCACCGCUGUCGCGUGCGCAAGGAACUCAGCCUCUGCCUUUGACCCGGACCUGCCCUUGCCCCGCGCCCCUGGACCUCGGGGAGCUGAGCCUGCAUCUCGGGGCCACCGGCGAGAGACGACUAGACGGUGGCAGAGAACGUGGCCUUGGGCUGGCCUCAACUAAGGAAGUAUUCAUCCUCUAUCCGAGAACUUGGCAAAGGAUGCCUUCCCGGAUCAUCGUGAUCUGUUAUUCCAGGAGCAGAGACCACUACAUGCAGGGAAGUGAACUCUGGAGAGAUACCUAGCUACCUGGGUGCCAAGGAUAAUGGGUGAUGCUGUGGAUGCCCUGCUCAAUUCUAACUGACUCUUCCUUCAACAUUUCCUGAUAAGGAUGGAGAUUUGGAAUGGGAAUCUGGGUACUCUUAAAGCACUGCCUGGGGAAUAGGAGGAAGCGAGAAAAGCCAAGGGGAGCAACACUGGAGGAUGGGGGGGACCCUAAUGACAGGGUUGGGGAGGGCCCUAGGAGGUGUCAAAGGGGUGA